UAAAAAAUGAUAUUAAGUUACAUUGAUGUAUUUGUAUAUUCAAUCGCAAGGUAAAAAAACUGAAAGAUAGUGGAAUCUGUAAAAAGAUUGUCACUGUGGUACGACAUAUUACGACAAAACAAAUUAUAAUUGAUGGAAAAGUUGUCAAAACUCUAGUCGUUGAGGAAGAAGAUGAUCCAUGUGUAGAAUUUAUAGAAGGCACUGGGUCUCCAAUUGCUUGUUCUAGUCAUUCUCAUAGUCCCACAUUAAUUUCUCAUUCAUCUCUAACAUCAGGAGAAUUAACAGAUGUUAGUUCUCUUAUUACUUCCAAAUCAGCAAACAGUAGUAAUUCUUCAACAUUUUUUACAUUACCAGCUCAUUCUUCGCUAAGUAGAAAUACUUUUGGUGAUAAAAGUGUAAUAUCACCAAAGAGUGUACAAUUUCAAGAUCUUUCCAAUAUAGAAACAACACCAAAAAGAAAGUCAGCAAACACUUAUGUCAGCUGUAAUGAAGAUCAAUCAAAAUUGUCCAGUUCAAACUUAACAAGCUCUUCACGUUCUUACAGUCCUGAAAUCUCUUAUCCUGAAGCAGUUAGUUCAAAUGUAUCAAGAUCUGUUUUGCCAGGACUCAGGGUUAUGGCAAAAUGGAAAGAUGGUUACUAUUAUCCAGGAACAAUUUGUUCACAGAUCAGUGAUACAAGAUGGACAGUAUUGUUUGAUGAUGGAGAUAGCAAACCUAUUUGGGAAAAAGAUUUGAUUGCCAUUUCACUCUUAAAAAAGGGACAAGCUGUGUAUGCUUUAUCAGAAGAUGGUUGUUAUGAUCAAGGAAUCAUCAGAGACUAUUACAGAGAUGGAAAGGAAAUUGGAUAUAUUAUUGAAAAGGAAUAUAAUGAAUUUGAAAAAUAUCCCAGAUCAUCUGUAACUUUAUCAAGUGAACAAGCUAAUUCUCUCAUAAAAUCAAAUUCAGAAAUCACCGAAUCACCUAGUGGAAUAAAUUUAGAUAAUAUAAUAGAAGGAAAGCGUAGGCAUUCAUCAAGAUCAAAUAGUUCACGUGAAAAGAAACAAAAGUCACCACGAAAUUUAGAUUAUAACAAAUAUAGGAAUAUAUUAGAAAGAAAGAGUAGUAGCGAAGAAAUAAACAAUAUUGGUAAAAGUCUGAAACAAAGUGGUAUGAAGCAAAAUACUAGAUCAUCAAGAAGUUCUGACAGUAAAAGUGAUAUUAUAUCAGAUUUUAAACAGGAAACUCCGCAAAAAAAGAAAGUAUCUGAUUGUAAAAGAAUUUUAUCUUGGAAAUCUUCAAUGAAUGAAGGAUCUGAUGAAAAUAUCAAAGUCUUGCAAAAAUCUAGUUUUCUGUCAAAUAAUCAAAGUAAUGAUCAACCAACUCAUACUUUUAAAUCACCUAGAAUACAAAAAGCUGAGAAAUGCAAAUUAUCAAAAUUGACAGGAGAGAUUGGAAAGGUUGAAAAGAAAAGACUAUUUGUAGGAUAUGCAUUCCUACUUACUUCUGCAGAAAAGAAAACAGAUAAUAAGGAGUUUCUUUCUUCAGAUUCUUGUGUAGAUAUAUCAGAAGAAGAAGUUAUAGAUGAAUAUCCAUUUGAAAAAUCAGUAGUGCAAAAUCAGAUAGAGGCUAGAGGUGGAAUAGUAUUAGAAUCAAUAGAAGAAAUACAGACAGUAAAGGCAAAUCAAAUUUUCCUUUUAUCCAAUACUUAUCUCAGAACAAUUAAGUAUAUCCAUUGUUUGGCAGCAAGCAUUCCUUGUAUAUCACAUUUGUGGGUUCGGGAUUGUUGCAAAACUAAUAAAAUUCAAAGUUUUAAAACUUACUUAUUACCUGCUGGAUUCAACAUUAUUGAAAAGUGUGAAAUUGAAUGGCAUGGGAAGAAAGGAGUUUUGAAAGAUAUACAUAUUUUACUAGCUUCUUCAAAAGAAAAUUUUGCAGAAGUUUGGACACCUGUUUUAUUGGCUGCACAAGCUGAAAUUGUACAUAGAUUUCCUCCACCUAGAAAUACAUCAGGUUCUGUCUGUAACAUAGACAUCGUUCUGACAGACCCUUCCUGUCCUCAGAGUAUUGUGCGGCGAGCCAAUCAAAUGAAAGUUCCAUUAGUUUCAAUUGAAUGGGUUGUCCAGUGUCUUAUCUCAGGCUAUAAACUUCCAAUUGAUUUACAUCCCAAGUUCAGUUAUGACGCAUAAAAGAUGUAUGCAUUCGAAUUGCAUCAAAAUGUUGACAUUUUGUGAUUUUCUUGAUGUAGAAUGUUACACAUGUAAUGUCUUCUUAGAGACGUGGCUAUAAUGGCUUGUGAAAAUAUGAAAUUUUGUAAUUAUUUGUUUUUGUUAUUUUCAUGUCAUUGUAUAUUUUAAUUUUUGGGGGUAUAUAAUUAUUUUUAAAAUCUUUAUAUAUAUAAAAAUGAA